AUGAUUGCCUCGAAAAGACUGAUAUCUACUGUAAAUACGACUGUUCGGGCAUCAAAAUUACACGAAAAAUUGAUACAAUUCGAGUCGGAAAAAGGGAAAAUUGUGGACUUAAAAGCGGUUUACGAGGAUUCCCUUCCUUCCGGUUCCACGUUGGGUACUGUAGUUGGAUUCCAUGGAUCACCGGGAUCUCACAAAGAUUUCAAGUAUAUCAGACAUCGAUUGGAUUAUAUGGGAAUUCGAUUUAUUGGAAUUAAUUAUCCCGGUUUCAAACAUACUGAAGCAUAUCCAAGCCAAAGAUUCGGAAAUGUUGAACGACAACGAUACUCUGAUUCUCUUCUGAAUGAGCUGGAUAUUCGAGGAAAAGUGAUCAUAAUGGGACAUAGCAGAGGAUGUGAAAACGCAUUGAUCACCGCGACUCAUCGGAAUCCACAUGGACUUGUUAUGAUAAAUCCAACUGGAUUGAGAAUUCACAAAGGAUCUCGGCCGAAGGGAAAACUCGAAUCUUUGAACUAUAUGCAUAAGCAGUUGCCGAAGAAAAUUGGGGAUAAAGUUAUGUAUCAAUUACUGAAAACAGUUGGAUUCAAAAUUCAAGACGGAGAAGAAGCGGUCGCUGUAAUCCGAACGAUUCAAAAGUGUGAUUUGGAGAAACAAUUGGAUUAUAUACUGAAAUUGAACGAAAUGACUACGAAAACAAUGAUAACGUUCGGCGGAAGAGAUCAUUUGAUUGAGAAGGAAAUUAUUUUUGAGGCACUUCAAAAAUAUCAAGGAUUGAAACAUUUCGAUUUCAAAUCAGACAUCUCGACCGCCGAAAAACAGGAAAUCUUGGAUAUUUUCAAAAGUCACAAAGGAACUUCUGUAUUCGUGGCAAGGGAUAAUCAUUUUCAGAACAAGAAACGAGCGGAUUUAUUGGCAGACGGAGUGAAAUCUAUGUUGAUUCAUUGA